CAGAUGUGUGACAGGGGUGUGGAAUGUGGAUGAAAUUGUCGUGCAUGUGAUAUUGGUGUGUGGGAGGUACCGGAGAGAAAGGACGGAGAUGAUGAGGGUGGCACUAAGUGAGAUGGGCUGGGAUGUGAAUGGGAGGAUUGCAAGGACAGAGAGGGAAUGGAUGCUGCUGCUGCUGGGACUGAGUGAUGAAGCAAAUGAUAGAAUUAUAGAAGCCAUGAAGAGUUUUCUGGAAAAGAUGUGGUGUGCAAGAAAUAGGGAAUUGGAAGAUUUGUGAUGGAUACUGCUUAAUGUGUUGUUUUAUUUUUACAGGGUGUGCCGAUACGAAGGCCUGACUCUCCAACGGGUCACCUGUACAGCAAGAGAGAGAGAGAGAUCCAAGCCAGCAGGUGUGCCCCCGGAGAGGAAGGUGUGUCUCGCGGCGCCCAGGCUCACGCAUUCAGACGCCCCAAUUUUCAACCGCCUUCAGCACGGCCUCCUCUCGGAAUCUCGGACAGUCAUCUCCUGUUCGUUCGAAGAUCAGCAAACGACUUUGUGUCCCAGCGGCCACCACUGGUGCUGGUGUUGCGUGAGGCUGUGAGACAGGUGCUGUGCUCAGCGCCUCCUCCGUCCUUGCUGCCGCUGACUUCAGGACUCCUUGGUGCAUCCCAGGCCUUGCCUGCUUGAUUGGUCCCUGAGUGUGCCUCUGUAGGAGCCUUGCCACCGCCUGCUCCAGCAUUGAGGUUCCUGCAAGACCAGCGACUCCUCCCACCUGGAGUAGUGUUGCAGUGGAUGCUGCAAGGCAGGGCAGCAGCUGGAGUGGCUGGGACCAGCAGGAGCAGACUGCUACUGGUGUGAGGUUCUCUUUAGCUGUAAAAAAAAAAAAAAAAAAAAAAAAAGUUUGAAUUUCAGAAGUGUAAGAAGAUCUGAGAGUGAGAGCAAGUUUACCAGCCAUAGCCAAGAGUGUGGGAAAAGACAUGCAAGGAAGGAUGACUUCAACAAAUACUCCCACACACUCUGGUGUAAGACCUCACGAAAGCCGUGAGUGUGGCAAAAGGUUUAGUAAUAAGAGUAACCCCAAACAUCACACCCUUAAACACACUGGUGCAGGAAAUCAUGAGUGUGAAGUUUGUGGGAAAUGUUUCACUCGGAAGGGUAGCCUCAACACACACACUUUUACACACACUGGUGAAAGAAAUCAUGAAUGUGAAGUUUGUGGGAAAUGUUUCACUUGGAAGAGUUACCUCAACAGACACACCCUUACACACACUGGUGAAAGAAAUCAUGAAUGUGAAGUUUGUGGGAAAUGUUUCCGUCAGAAGAGUGACCUCAACAGACACACCCUUACACACACUGGUGAAAGAAAUCAUGAGUGUGAAGUUUGUGGGAAAUGUUUCAGUCAGAAGAGUAGCCUCAACACACACAGUCUUGCACACACUGGUGAAAGAAAUCAUGAGUGUGAAGUUUGUGGGAAAUGUUUCAGUCUGAAGAGUAGCCUCAACUUACACUUCCAAAUACACACUGGUGAAAAAAACUAUAAAUGUCAAGUUUGUGGAAAACAAUUUAGAAUAAAAAGUAACUUCAACACACACACCCUUACACACACUGGUGAAAAAAAUCAUGAGUGUGGAGUUUGUGGGAAAUGUUUCAGUCUGAAGAGUAGCCUCAAAACACACUCCCUUACACACACUGGCGAAAGAAAUCAUGAGUGUGGAGUUUGUGGGAAAUGUUUCAGUCUGAAGAGUAGCCUCAAAACACACUCCCUUACACACACUGGUGAAAGAAAUCAUGAGUGUGGAGUUUGUGGGAAAUGUUUCAGUCAGAAGAGUAGCCUCAAAACACACUCCCUUACACACACUGGUGAAAGAAAUCAUGAGUGUGGAGUUUGUGGGAAAUGUUUCAGUCUGAAGACUUACCUCAACACACACUCCCUUACACACACUGGUGCAAGAAAUCAUGAAUGUGAAGUUUGUGGGAAAUGUUUCAGUCAGAAGAGUUAUCUCAAAACGCACUCCCUUACACACACUGGUGCAAGAAAUCAUGAGUGUGAAGUUUGUGGAAAAAGAUUCAAACUGAAGAGUGGAUUGAACAGUCACAUCUUCAGACACUCCGGUCAUAAAGGGUUCAAGUGCGAUGUUUGUGGAAAACGUUUCAUGACUAAGGGUGAGAUUGCCCAGCACAUGAAGGUCCACUUCCCCUGCUGAGGCUCAGUGCUGAUUCAGUUCUGCUGUGUGGGGGAGCGCAAGUGUUUGCUGUGGUGGUGUUAGAGGGCUGUAUGGUACACAGAGAGCAGAAAAGAAUCAUUUAUUGAAACAAAUGUGACAGCAUGAUCUUUUAUUCACUUUCCAACCUAGGCUGCAUGUGGUUGGUGGGUCCUGUGAAAGGUCUGAUCUUUUUGGUGACUGUGCUGGGCUGGCUGUUCAUACUAUGUCCUUGCCUUGGGAAAGAACAAUGAUGUGCUUCACCAAAAUAAAACAGGAAAUAUA